AUGUUAAGCAGAGCUUUCCUUAGGGGUUCGAGAUUGAGAAAUGUGGCAUCAUAUCAUAAACUUUGGAGGCGUACCUUAGCAAGCGCUAAUCCUGUUUCUGCCUCCGUUGAAUCCUCUUUUGGGGUUAUUAAUCCGAAGAAGGCUUAUUUUAGGAAAGCAUCGUUCGCCGCCGGAGCUACUUUUGCUGCUCUCUUAUCAUAUCUCUUCCUUGACCCUUCGGAAGGGGAUAUUACAGUGAGUGAAUUGAGAAAGCAUAACUCCAUCAACGACUGCUGGAUUGCCUUAAAUGGCCAGGUUUAUGAUAUAACUUCUUUCUUGCACAUGCAUCCUGGAGGUGUUGCUAGGCUUCUCGAGGUUGCGGGUAGUGACGCAACAGAGAAGUUUUACCAAAUCCAUUCAGAUGCUGUUUUUGAUAAGAUGAAGGACAACUUCGUAUAUGUUGGGAACCUAAGAGGAAAUGUUGUGAAUGAGCUUACAGAGGAAGAAGUGAAAAUUAUGGAAAUGAAGAAGAGGCUCCCACCGCUGUCGGCCAUUUUUAGUGUUUCCGACUUCGAAAACAUUGCAAAGCAUGUUCUGCCAAAGUCCACGUUCAUGUAUUAUGCAACAGGAGCUUCUGAUGAGUUCACAAUCAGAGAAAACCAUUAUGCUUACAGCAGGGUGUUUUUCAGACCGAGAGUUUUGCACGAGUCUGUCAGAGAAGUUGACACCUCAACCACCUUCUUAGGCACCAAAGUCUCAUUGCCCUUUUAUAUAACAGCUUUCGCUGGAUCGAAGCUGGCUCAUCCGCUCGGUGAAUUGAAUUUGCAAUCAGCCUCUUACGAUGCAAACGUGAUGCAAAUGGUUCCAAAGAUGGUGUCAUAUGGCAUAGACAAGUUUUUUGAGCAUGUCCCAGCAGAUCAAAACCAAUGGAUGCAAUAUCAUUUUGACAAUCAGCAAGAAGUCGACGAUGUGGUAGAAUUUGUUCGAAAGGUGGAAAAACAACCUAGUGUGAAAGGUUUCUUCUUUAAUGUCGAUCUAGCGGAUAUCGGUAAUAGGGAGAAAGAUACAAGACAGAGAAGCGCCGAAGCUGAUACUGAGGAGCUAGAUAUGCUUGUCUCCAAUACUUAUAACCACUAUCCAUUACUUACUUGGAACACCAUAGACAAAAUAUUGGACGCGACUGAUCUGCCCGUGGGAUUAAAGGGCAUCCAAAGAGGAGAAGACGUUGUUAUUGCUGCUGAAAAAGGUGUCAAGGCUGUAGUAUUGUCUAAUCAUGGAGGAAGACAACUCGAUUUUUCCAGACCACCGCUAGAGGUCCUUGCUGAAGCAAGAGCUAUGCUCAAGGAAAAAAAUUUGGAGGAUAAGAUUGAGCUCUACGUUGACGGAGGCAUCCGUAGAGGCUCCGACAUUAUCAAGGCGCUUUGUCUUGGGGCAAAGGGUGUUGGUUUAGGAAGACCCUUUUUGUAUGCAAUGGCAGGAUACGGAGAAGACGGAGUAAGCAAGUUAAUAAGCAUAUUAGAUGGAGAGAUACAGAAUAAUAUGAGAUUAUUGGGUGUGGGAAGGAUAGAGGAUCUGAACGAGAGUUUCAUUGACGCAAAAAGUCUUGCGCUUCGCAACCCUAGAACAAACGACGCUCUAUAUGAUGAAGCUUAUGAGCAAUUAUUUUUCCCAGCGUUUAAAAAAUCUGUAUGA